UUUCAGUGAUCCUGGAUGUGCUCGUCACUGACUCAACUCGUGUUUGGGGUUGUCAUGCUGGGAGCUAUUGCUCUCACCCUUGGAGCCACUUUUUCCGACAAGUGGCGCACUGUGGAAAAGGACCUUCUGGAUCUUUAUGAAGACGUUCAACGCAACCAUACAGAACGUUUGACGGGAAUACUUCCAUUCUUGUGUGAAGAUGGUGCUGUUGGAUGUGCGGGAUUUUGGAAGGAAAUGAAACCCUAUGAAAAAAUUGUCGCAAUUUGUAUGAUCGCAGCGUUAAUUUUGGAAAUUGUCGCUUUCGUUUGGAAUUUCCUAACCUCAUGCACCUGUUGCUUCAAGAAAUAUUUACUUCAUCCACUAUCCCCACUCUCAUUCCUCAUCACAAUUUUUCUGACUGUUGCCAUUGGAGUUUUCUAUUAUAACAGCGAUGAAAUUAAAGAUGAUGUCAAUAUCCAGAAGAUUUGGGAUGCGGAAGCAAAGGAUUUGAAUAUUAAUAUUGGAUCCGCUUUCUGGAUGGCCGUAGGAGCAUGGUGUCUUGUUGUGAUUGACACAAUUCUUGCUUCCUUCGCCAUUUUUUUUGCACAACACGGAGUUUAAGCUUUCGAGCUCAAUUCUGAUAAUUAUGCCGUUGAUUGUUUAUCGAUAAAUUAUGGGAUUCGAAACAAA